AGAAACACUCAACCGCUUCAAAGAAACACUCAUCCGCUUCUCCUCUCCGUCUCAUCACUCGCCUAUCUCCCUCUCUUGAUUCAUCCAAACACUCAGCGGCCGGAGGAACAAGUUCAGAUGGCGCGAAUGGAAAACGAAACGAGGAUCGUGUUCAAUGGUGAACGAAAGGAGGAUCGAAACAGGGUUGUGUUCGAUGGAGAAAUUUCUUGUUCUCACUUCUCUCACUCACUCAUUCAUGGUGAGUAAAGGACUUUGAACCAAUUAUCUCACUCUACAGGUGAUUAGGGUUUGCGUUUUUCAUUUAUUGUUGUUGUUUCUAUCACUCUCUCAGUUCUCUAACUCUAAUGUAUGUUACCUGUUCUUAACAAGGAUUUUAACAAGGUCAAAGUGGAAUGGUUCAAGGUCAAAGUGGAAUGGAAGUUAACUGUAAGUGUAUUAACUAGAAGAGAUGUUGCUAAUUGUUGUGUUUAAACUGGUAUUGGUAUGUUUAAACUGAAACUAAAACUGAUGUAUGUUGAAACUGAAACAAAAAUAAUGUUGUUCAAUCGAGCUUUGUUCGUUUGGGGAGUUACUAUCUUGACUAUUCUAGGUUACACAAAGUUACUACAAAGAGUUAGUUACACACUCUCUUGACUAUAUGCUUUGCCAACUAUGAUAGGAAGUGCUUUCCUCUCUGCAACUGUUCAGACCUUAGUUCAGAAACUUGCUUCCAAAAAAUCUCUUGAUUACACCGGUUCUAUUCUAGAUUCUUCCUGCCAAUGAGCUUUAUUUCUACUGAAGAUGGCUCUUCUAGGUAUGUAACUAACUCUUUGUUUGUCUUUGAAGGGUUUACAAGGGUUAUUUUAUAUGGCAUCAUUUACAAGGGUAUAUUUAUAUUCUAUUAUAAUCCUUAUUCUAUACACUUUUGUCAUUAUAUUGAAAACCCUAAAAUUUCUUCUAUUUUAUUAACAAUUUUAUUGUAUUUCCUGUUUCUUCCUUUAAAAUAUUAAAAAAAAAAAAAGCUAAUUUUUAAUUUCUUUCUUGAUCUUCUUUGACUUUUUCUGCAAACUAAAAUAGCCAUAGGUUCCUAUAUAGCGAUUAUAAUAUAGCUAAAGUGUAUUUUAUGUCUGCAUGUUGUUUUCAACUUUUCACAUUUUCAUAUAUAAAUCAAACUAACAAACAACGUAGCUGAAUCACGUUGAAGUUUGGUGGUUCUGAAUUUUCUAGAAAAAUGAGUGUGAAUUUUGUGGUAGUUCAAUUGAAUGGGUUGCUAUUGUUCAACUUCAAAUUCAAAGAAAGUUAAAACGCCAGGUUAUGAAGAUCCAACCGUUCUUGCUUCUGAGACACCUUGUGAGUAUCCAUCAUCAUUAACUGUUACUGUGAGUGAAGUAGAUGCAUUGUAUGAACUCUAUUUGAAGUCAAGCAAUUCAAUUAUUCAAGAUGGUCUUAUUCACAAGGAAGAAUUUCAGCUAGCACUGUUUAGAAAUGAAAAUCAAAAGAAUCUGUUUGCUGACAGGAUCUCUUGGUGUUUUUCAUCCAAACACACCUUUAGAAGACAAAAUUGCAUGUUGUAUGAUUUGAGACAAACAUGGUACAUUGAAAGAGAGGAGUUAAAGGAAAUGGUAUUGGCACUUUUGAAUGAAUCAAAUCUUUUUCUUUCGGAUGAGAUGAUAGAAUCGAUUGUGGAUAAGACAUUUGAAGAUGCUGAUACAAAAGAUGAUGAAAGAAUCGAUCAAGAUGAGUGGAAAGCUUUUGUUUCUCAGCACCCAUCUUUAAUCAAGAACAUGACUCUCCCAUAUCUAAAGGAUAUUACUAUGGCAUUCCCCAGUUGUAUUUCAAGAACAGAAGUUACUCAGAGCUGUGAGUAAUUGAGGAGUUUUCAUGCUUAUUCACUAGUGAAUUGUUAUUUAUAGUGUACUUUUACAUAUUUAU